AUGCUAAUUCAGCAAUCGUUGCUGCGGUUUCAGGUUCUGAACUGGAUGCAGACAAGGCUUCACGGGACGAGGAAACCAGAGCCCAUCGCAGUAUCGUCUCGACGUGCUCAUACGCCCGGUGAUCUUCACCGGAACGACGGUCUCGACGCCUGGGCGGCGGCGAUGCUGUCCAUAGGGACGUUCGGCGUGCCGAAGAGCCGUCAUGGUUCCGACGGGCCGUGGACGACGGCGGGCGCCGACGAGCUCGACGGGCUGCAGGAGGAGCUCAGGUUGCUGGUGGGAUCCAGGGAGGUCGCCGUGACCGGAGCCGACGACGACGAGGGCAGCAGCCAUCGUAGGUCUCUGAGCCGCACGUCGAGCUCCACGAAUGGAAGAGAGGUGGUCAAGCUAAAGCAGAGAUCGUUCAGGAAGGUGAUGGCGAGUGCUCUCAGUGGCUUCCUGCACCACCGACCAAGCUGCAGGGAGACGAUGCCUGAAGCGACUGUCAGUGAGAUUAUAUGGUCAUUGCUGCACAAGAACACGCAUACCGAAAAACCGGCGUUGCCGAAGCCUAUGAUCAACGGUGAUCUAGCGGUUCAGACGCCCCAGAAAGAGGAACAAGAGGGCAGCAAAUGGAUCAGAACAGAUUCAGAGUACAUCGUCUUGGAAAUCUGA